UCAGUAAAUGAGGGGCUGCUGUGGACCUCCCUCCCCCCACCCCCCGCCAACUUUCAGGGAUGCCCUCCAGGCUCACGGCUGGAAUCCAAGAUGAUUAACUACACCCCAGAACACACAGGCCGGCCCCGACAUCGGAGCCCCAACAUAUCCCGGGGGCCAGGCGGCGGACCGCCUUUACUCGCGGGUGGACUGUUUACUUCACGAGUGGACUGUUGAGUGGACUGUUGACCGCCCGUGGAAUGAGAGCACCGGGCCACAUUUCUGAGCCCUGCUACACUCCAGGUUUCUGUGUGUCCCGGUCCCCGUCACAAUAUCCAGACGGGUCGGGGCCGGGGGGCAGUGCCCUCUGCAUGAGGGGCUGGGGGGCACCGGGACGGCACAUGUCGGUGACCGCGAUCAGCCACCCUGCCCACAACUUGCAAAAGCGGAUGGUUAAGACCUGGGGAGUUCUGUGAGCUGGUUAGCACCCUGCGGGUAGCUGGCCACCUGCCACGUGGGCGUGUUCACGCCAAAGUAACGGGCUCCUGCUACAAACCACCGCGAGCGGCGCGAAGAGGGUUCACACAGACAGCAGGGGCAUCUCCGACGCACCAAGCAGACCCGCGGUGCAUUCGAGGGACACCCCGGAACCACCACCACGAGGCGCCGCGCCCAGCACCCUGGGGAGCCCACAGCCCCACCCCCCCUCCCACGCACUUCCGCGGUGAGCUGGCGCCUCUCCCGCUCCUCCGGGUCGCCAAGCCCGGGCAGCAGCACGGUCGGCAUGGUGUCCUCGGCCCCCGCCAGCGGCUCAGCGGGGAGGGUGGCCGUGCCAGCUCGCGCCAAUGGCUAUGAGGGUGGGUCUUGACCACCAGAAAGGUGUGGGAGCCGGGCGCAAACCUGGGUCGUGCUCACACCCUGCGGCCCCACCCUCACUCCUGGCAGGUCAGCCCACGCUUGGCCUGAGCACCACUGCCACCUGCUGGGAUCCCUGUGAACCCCCUGCCGCCAGCCCUCCCUGCGCAUCGCAUCUGGCAGGGGGGUGGGCCCAGGCCACCCGGGGCCGCUGUUGCUGCCGCCGCCACUCUGCCCAGGAAGCCAGGGAACAAGCAGGAUGCAGCCAGGGGCUAAAACGCGAUCUGGGGGUCUGGGGGGGGACACGGGCCAACCACCCCCGCCCCAAGCAGGAGGACAGACGGGCACUGCUCACUGCAGGGACACACUCAGGAGGCCACCAGGACUGGAGAAAUGCCCCAAGGCCUCCCUCCCUCCCUCCUCCGACCACUGCUGCUCCAAACCCGCGGCUGAGCAGGGAGCCAGCGCCGGCCACAAACACUGGAACGUGUCCCCAACCCUGCCUUCAGGGGAGUGCCCAGGGGCAGACCAGCAGCCGCCGCGACCUGGGGCCCAGACGGCGCCGCGGAAGCUCCUGCACCGAAGGUCAGCGGUCACUACAGGCCACAGGAGGCCUUCCACGGUGGCCCGAGGUGAAGCCCGCCUCCAGCUCCGCUCAGGGGCCCGGCGGUGGCCUCACAGACGCUGACGAGGACGAAGGAGAGCCACAGGCCACCGUGGGAACCCCCACCGGGAGGCAGAUGAUGGGCAAGGACCUGCACACCAGCCCGCGAGGACGGGGGCUCUCACCCGCUGCUUGGGUUUCUGAACAGCCCACCCCUCAGGGCAAAGCACAGGACAAGACCCAGAGCACGCGAGCCGGCACACCAUCCAUCAGCCUCCCUGCGUGGGAUCAGGGCUGCGUUCUGAGACCAGGAAGCAAAUGAUGCUUCCAGAAAGAAAUUAAAACUUGGGGUGCCUCGGUGGCUCAGUCGGUCAGGCGUCCGACUUCGGCUCAGGCCAUGAUCUCACGGUUCCUGAGUGUGAGCCCCACGUCGGGCUGUGUGCCGACAGCU